AUGAAGCGCAUCAUCCUGCGGUGGUUCCAGUCCGCGGAGAAGCAGCAGCGAACUUCUUACGAAGGGGUGGUGUGCGAGGCGGACGCUGCCUCCAUUGCCUCGCAGGAUGUUUUUAAGGUCAUUUCAGAUGGAAGUACGUGCAGACUACGAAGUUUCAUUAAGAAGAAUCGUGAUGGACUUAAGACCCUGGAUGAACUAAACGCAACUCCAUUACAUCAUGCUGCAGAACAAGGUCAACUUGAACUCAUGCAGAUGAUUAUAGAUUCUUCAGCUGAAGCACUAAAUGUGACUGACUCCUGUGGAAAUACACCACUGCACUGGGCCACCAAAAAAAACCAGACUGAAAGUGUUAAAUUACUCCUCAGCAGAGGGGCUAACCCGAAUAUUCUUAAUUCCAAUACGAUGGCUCCACUUCAUUUGGCUGUGCAGAGCCUAUACAAUGAAUUAGUUAAGAUUUUCAUUGAACACAGUACUACAGAUAUAAACCUGGAAGGAGAAAGUGGAAACACACCUAUAUUAAUAGCAUGUUAUAAAAAUAAUGUUGAAGCACUGAAACUUCUGAUAGAAAAAGGUGGUAACAUAUGUAAAGGAAAUAGUAUGGGCUCUAUGGCAGUCCAUGCAGCAGCAUUUUCUGGUGCCAAAGGAUGCAUGGAGAUUCUUAUUAAAAGAGGUGAAGAGUUGGGCUAUUCCACUGAAUCUCAUAUCAACUUUACUAAUAAUGGAAAAUGUAGUCCUCUUCAUUUAGCAGUUCAAAGUGGAGACUUAGAAAUGAUAAAAAUGUGCAUUGAAUAUGGAGCACAAAUUGAUCUGAAGCAGAAUGACAAGUGCACAGCUCUUCACUUUGCUGCUACCCAAGGAGCUACUGAAAUCCUUAAAUUAAUGAUGUCAGCUUAUACAGGAGAGCAACCUAUCAUUGAUGCUUUAGAUGGAAAUAAGGAAACAUUGCUUCACAGGGCUGCGUUGUUUGAUCACUAUGAACUGGCAGAGUAUCUGAUAUCAAUGGGAGCAAAGAUUGAUAGUGUUGACAUUGAGGGGCGAACUCCGCUACUACUUGCUACUUCCUGUGCAUCAUGGAAAAUUGUGAAUUUAUUACUCUCAAAAGGAGCAAAUGUAGAAUUAAAAGAUCAUCUUGGUCGUAAUUUUUUGCAUCUAACAGUACUGCAUCCUGGAGGUUUAAAGCAUCUGAAUGAACAUUUUUUGAAGAUGCAGCAUAUUAAAGAUCUUGUAACUGAUGAAGAUAACGAAGGGUGUACUCCUCUACAUUAUGCAUGCAGACAAGGGGUACCCCUUUCAGUGAACAGCCUCCUUCAACUGAAUGUUUCCAUCCAUUCUAAAAACAGAGACAAGAAAUCUCCUUUGCAUUUUGCAGCUAGCUAUGGGCGUAUCAACACCUGCCAACGACUUCUACGAGAUAUGGAAGACACCAGGCUCUUGAAUGAAGGUGACAAGAAAGGAAUGACUCCUCUACACUUGGCUGCUCAGAAUGGUCAUGAAAAAGUAGUUCAGUUUCUUCUGAAAAGAGGUGCCCUUUUCCUCUGUGAUUAUAAAGGCUGGACUGCUUUGCAUCAUGCUGCCUUUGGAGGGUAUACUCGCACAAUGCAGGUCAUUUUGAAUACAAAUGUGAAGGCCACAGAUAAAGUGGAUGAAGAUGGGAACACAGCUCUUCAUCUUGCUGCCAGAGAAGGCCAUGCAAAGGCAGUUAGACUGCUUCUUGAUGAUGGUGCAAAAAUCCUUCUGAACAAAACUGAAGCUUCUUUCCUCCAUGAAGCCAUACACUGUGGGCGCAAAGAAGUGGUCAAUGCUGUGAUCUUACAUAAAAGAUGGGAAGAGUCUAUAACAGCAUUUUCUCACCAUUCACCUAUAAAUAAAUUUGCUAUACUGGAGAUGGUUGAGCAUCUUCCUGAAUGUUUAAAAUUAGUUUUCGAUAACUGCAUUAUUGAAUCUUCUGAGGAGAAGACUUCCAGAGACUUCUGUGUUGAAUAUAACUUUCGGUAUCUUCAGUGCCCACUGAAGCUUACCAAGAAAAUAAAAGAAGACGAUGAAAUAUUUUAUGAGCCACUUCACACUCUAAAUGCCAUGGUACGACAUAAUCGUGUUGAACUGCUCAGCCAUCCAGUCUGCACAGAAUAUUUACUCAUGAAAUGGAUGGCCUAUGGGUUCAGAGCACAUCUUAUGAAUCUUGCUGUGUAUAGUCUUGGCUUAAUACCUUUAACUCUACUGAUCAUCCACAUCAAUACACCAGAACAGUCUUUCAACACAACUGUUCGAUCAGGACCUUUUGUUAACCAGAAUUCAUAUUUCAUAAAAGUGUGUAUGAGCUUGGUUUUUGUCAUGAGUGUAUUUGGAAUUUGCAAAGAAAUAAUACAACUAAUCCAACAGAAAUUGAAAUAUUUGUUGGAUUAUUCCAAUCUCCUUGACUGGACAAUUUAUACUACAAGCAUCAUUUUUGUAUCAUCUCUAUUUAUUAGUCUCCCAAGUCAAUUACAGUGGGAGUGUGGUGCAAUUGCUAUAUUCUUGUCUUGGAUGAACUUUUUAUUGUAUUUGCAAAGAUUUGAAAAUUAUGGAAUAUAUGUUGUGAUGUUUUGGGAAAUUUUGAGGACUUUGAUCCGGAUAGGUGUUGUGUUCUUCUUCUUGAUGUUAGCCUUUGGGCUCAGCUUCCAUGUUCUUCUCGGUUCACAGGAAACAUAUAGCACUCCAUACCUUUCUGUAAUGCAGACAUUUGCCAUGAUGCUAGGAGAUAUCAAUUAUCGUGAUGCCUUCCUUGAGCCGCUGCUCACUAAGAGACUGCCUUAUCCAUUGCUGAGUUUUCUCAUACUUAUUAUCUUCUCUCUACUGAUUCCAAUUCUCCUUAUGAACUUAUUGAUUGGUUUGGCUGUUGGGGACAUUGCAGAAGUGCAAAAGUUUGCAGCACUGAAAAGAAUAGCAAUGCAGGUCAAUCUUCACACAAACUUGGAGAAAAAACUGCCAUACUGGUUCCUCAGUAGAGUUGACCAAGAAACUAUCACUGUAUAUCCCAAUAGACCAAGAUAUUGCGGAUUCAUGAGUGUGUUCCAGUAUUGCUUUGGAUGCAAUAGCACAGCAACAGAUGCACAGAAUGCCGACUCAUCGUUAGAACUAGAAGUACUGAAACAAAAAUACAGGCUGAAGGAUAUUACAACACUCAUGGAGAGGCAGCAUGAGCUCCUUAAACUGAUUGUACAAAAAAUGGAGAUCAUAUCUGAGGCAGAAGAUGAAGACACAAAUGAUUUAUUCCAGCACAAAUUUAGGAAGCAACAUCUGGAGAAUAAGAACAGCAAAUGGGAUACAGUGUUAAAUGCAGUUAAAUCCAAAUGUGCCUAG